AUGGCAUCAAUCACUGAGCUUCCUGCUGAACUACUCGAUUUCAUACUCGCCGAUCUUGGUAGCCGCGACAACAUUAACCUGGCCCAGACAUGCAAGACCCUCCACGCCGUCGCCCUGCCUGCAGCUUACAAUACUAUCACCCUCACGUGGGACAACACCUAUUCGAAGGAAAUUCCUAGAGGACCGCAGCGUGGCAUGCAGAGAAGGACUGAGAAAGCGCCUAAAAUACAGUCUCUGAUCCGCACACUCACGGAGAAGCCUGAAUACAUCAGGCUGGUCAAGAAAUUGGAGUUAUGCGCCAAGGGAUGUGUUGAGUACAGCUACUUAGACGUUGCCGGCGCUAUUUUCCCAGACUUUGAGUAUGAUGCGAGUGACAAAGAGUGGGAGAACGAGAUGUUCAAGGCUCAUGUGAAAGAGGAAGGGUUCCAGACGUGGGGCCGUGGAUGGAAACAAGAGGCGCAGCACAUGUUGCUCACACUGCUAAUCGGCACGUGUCAAGCGCACUUGGAGUCUCUGACUAUAGGAUGGGAAUUCUUCUUGAACAACAGGUGGUUUCCUGCUAUGAUGAAGUACGCUAUCUUGAAGAAUGCUGCAGCGUCUGAAGCAGGUGUUAGACAACCUGCAUGGUUCGCCAAGUUGAAAACUGUGUGCGUUACCUUGGAAGAGACGGAGGGGGCGGCCGCAACGUGGGAGGGUAGUUUCUGGAGCGAGCAAGAGACUCUACUUCACUUCUUCUAUCUGCCGGCGAUAGAGUCGCUCGACAUCAUUACGUGCUCAUUGAGAGGGGGGGACGAGGAUGACUAUGGCGGAUUAUGGGACGAGGGAGAUGGAGUGGACGGCUCAUUUGAGUGGCCACUAGAGACACCCCCUCUAUCGCAGACACUGACGACUCUCCGCCUUACUCCUUCUUCGAUGGACCCUCUCACUAUCCAGUACCUGCUCAGGCAGACGCCCAACGUCAAGGUCUUCCACUACGAUUGCUGUUUGCAUCCAGAACACCCACCUCUCCGUUUGUCGAUCUUGAAGGACGCGCUACAGCAUAUUCGCGGCACGCUUACUGAACUGACUGUGCGCUACAAGCACUAUAACAACGAUGGUGCCGGGGAUCCCCCAACUGACGCCACGGAACCUGUAAGAGAGGGUCUAGGCCCACUACACGAUUUCCCCGUUCUCACGACUUUGACUACGUCAUUCCCAGUGCUGUUUGGUAUGAACAAUACGCCAAAGCUAGCGAAACAUCUCCCUCCGACGCUCGAAACGUUGACAAUCACAAAUGACCUUUCUGCAUAUGAGGCACUCGGAAUGCGCUUUGAAGAUCUCAACGCCAUGGCCAUCUUCCGACAAUACCUUGCGGGGUGUCUCUUGCAACUGGACGCAAGAUCGGGAACCGGGGUGGAAGGCCGCAACACCGCGGCUAAGGAAAUUGACAUAUGA